CACUUGCAGCACAGUGAUGGCCAGCAGCUCGGAGGUGGUGAAGAGAGUUUUACGCUACAAACGUCAACUAGCAGGCACACCACAGUCUGCCACGGUACUAAAAAUCUUGCAGAAACUCAACAAUCUGGAUGUCACUGUAGAUGUUCUUGCUGAAACUGGCAUUGGUAAAACAGUCAACUCCUUGCGCAAACACAAAGAAGCUGGAGAACUAGCUAAAACGCUGGUCAAAAGUUGGAAACAAUUACUCCCUAAGAAGUCAAGUCAUACAGGCAAAGGAAACUCAUCGGACAGUUUGUUCGUCAAAGAGCAACUCAUCAAUGACAUCAGAUGUCCAAAUAGAAUGCAGGACGUAAACAACAAUUGCUUAAAAUCAAAACGCAAGAGUGUGGACACUUCAAAUGAACAUGCCAAUGAAAAACAUCAUACAGAGAAAAUGCAUGAAAAUGAAAAAAGAAAAACGGAGCAGAAUGAGCAGAGUGAUGAAGACACUACAAAUAAGAUGGGAAUCUUGAGUUUAAAAAAUGAGGAAAAAUGUGACGCUGUUUUGAAGCAGAAGAAGAAUGGCAACUGUAAAUCCAAGUCUAAGGAAAAACUUAAAGAAAAAAGUGGAGGCUCUCAUUUGGAAAGAAAGUCAAAAAAGAAAUCAAAAGAACCCCCACAGCUCUGCGAUGAUACUGCCCCUGACAAGCCCCAGAACUCGGAUGAUGUGGGAGAAGAUAGAUCUUCGGGCAGCUCAGACACCAACAACAGAAAAAAGAAGAAACAUGAAAAAGACGAGGAGCUGUCCAAACCCACAAAGAAAAAGGUCAAAAUACAACCACAGAAGGACAAUGAAAGCGAAACGGAAGAACCUUCCAUGUCAUUUGAAUCCUACUUGAACUAUGAUGAGAAUGUCUCCAAGAAAAAGGAACAACCCAGAAGGAAGAAAGCAUCCAAAAAGAGCAAGACUGUUUUAAAGGAGCAGCCAAAACAAACUGUUGUACAGUCCACAUUGAUGCCUGCUUCUCCAAUGCCUGCUUCUCCAAAAAAGAAGUGUAUGGAGUCUCCAAAGGACCUGCUGAGCAUUCCUUUACCGGUCAUUCUUCCUGAAGUAUCCACUUUUGACUAUUUCGAUAGGAAAGUGGAGAAAGAGCCUGAUUUUGGAGACCAGUAUGAGGAAUGUACAGUCUUCACCGGCCAACGUCUAAACAAGAAGAUGCAGGUCUAUUCUGGAACGAAAACCAUCUUCCUGCCGGCCAUGAUGAGCUUGUACCAGCAGUGUAUACGCAUGUUGCAGAACAAUAUUAACUUGCUUUAUGAAACGGGCAGCGUACCCUUUGAAAUCCUUGAGCCGGUGUUGGAGAGGUGUACGCCGGAGCAGCUGCUGCGCAUCGAGGAAUGCAACCCGGUGUACAUCGGAGUGACGGACAACCUGUGGGGAAAACACUGCCAGAGGGACUUCAAGGACGCCAAGCUUCAGCAGUACGAGUCAUGGAAAGAGAUGUACAUCAGACUGUCUGAAGAGAGGGAGAGAAAAUUCCAGAGGCUGGCCAAAAAAAUUGUCUUGGAUCAUUCCAAGAAACCGAAAGGCCGGCAAGUGAAGAUGGCAUUUAUUCACACUGUUGCCAAGCCACCCAGACAUGUGCGUAUCCAACAAGAAAUCCAUGGAACUGCGGUUCAGCAGCCUCAACAGCCCAAGUGCAGCGUCAAAUCUCGGGAGAGCAAACCAAAGCUGAGUAAUGACCCAGCAAAGACCACUAACAGCAGUAGCACCACCACCACCACCACUACUACUUCAGGUCCAGGCAACACACAAGACCCUCGCAAGAAAACAAGGGUCGCUCCAAUAAUGGCAAAGUCCUUAAAGGCGUUCAAGAAGCAGUUAGGACGACGAUGAACGAUCCCGCGCUUGUUUGAAUUGUGGCUGUGUUCAUUCACACAGUAUUCACCUUGUAUUACUCUUUGUAUUUAUAAUACAAAGAAUCGCUAUGUUACUCCUGAAA